CGCGAUCUGCGAGCAGCUUCUGCCGCUCAAGCGCUGGCUGCGUACCGCGCGUGCCUUAAGGUCGCAGAUCCGCCGGCAGCGAUGAAGAGCUACACACAGCCACUGUCAAUAGUUGAUAUGCGUGUCUGUUUUAAACACAAAACACCCGCGCGCGCGCCGCCGAGCUAGCGGCUGUAAGACACUAGCAAACAAGCAAGCCCUCCCAGCGCGUAAAGGAGGCGCUCCUGCCGCCCCCCGGGAAUGGUAGUCGUCGCACAUCAAAAAUGAAACUGCUUUGCCGUCGGAGCAAACAGUGCUAAGGGCUGUGCUCGUGCGCAAGCAGAGGCAGCCCCAACAACUAAAUGGCUCAUUCAGUGAGUCGUUCGGCAGGCUGACAAGCCUUCAAGCAGCACCCGAGGCCGCCGCGCCUCGUGGGGCAGCCAAUCAUGCCCAAAACAACAUGGAUGCUAGUAUGUCAUAUACUGGCAAUUACGAAGGUGAGUUUGGUCAAAAGGCCCCUCUUGCUAGCAAGCACCGCCGCGCGCCAGCGACUGGCACAAGACAGCGUGGUACACCAAAGCAUCAGACGCCUUGAAAUUCACACCAUGGGCUGCACUUGCGCAGCACCAGGGGCCUUUUUUAUCUCAUUUGCGCCAUCAGAGACGCUUACCGGUCAAAGAAGGACACGUCCGGCGGACGACACACCGGCGAGACCCCCCGCGGGGCCCGCGGCGCUGGCCUCCUGCCCCCAGAGAGCUUCUGGGAGGACACGCCCCUCGUUACCAGGAGGCUCGACAUAACGCCGCGCCCGCGCGCAGGUCGGGUCGUACCUUCGAGGACAGCAUCGUAGUCGUCGCGAGCAGUGCGUAAAUAAAAAAGAGGAGGUGCCUUCUACUUUUUAGCUUUAGUGGUGAUCGAGAGCCGCGCGGGUGCGGCCGCGGCAAAGGCGCUGCUCGGCGACGCGUCGAUCCUGGGCGUACACGCGGCACUCGCUCGGCGCCGCGAGCCGGUGCGUCGAGGGCGUGGCGCCGCGCGCCGACGACCUGGCCCGGCCGCCGUCCGGCAGCGCCGGCGCCGCCGCGGACCGGCGCUGCGCGUCGCGUCGCUGGCCCUACGCGCCGUUCCGGCGGGCCUGUGCGAGGCGGCGCGUCGUGGGCGUGGCGCUGGCGCCGCGCGUCGACGACCUGGCCCGGCCGCCGUCCGGCCGAUCGUCUUGAACGCCUACUACAAGUGGACGCGAAGACGAGCGCCACAACGAAGUGCUCGUGAGAGGUUUGAGAGAAGGGCGUGUGCUUCACGUACUACUGAUUGACGCUGCGAGAGCUCACGCGUGGGAUGGUUCGAGAACGCCCACAAAUGCGACCGUCACCGCGCAGGCCUUCGACUGCUCUCUACUCCAAGAGCGAGGGGUGCUCUGCCAAGACACGCGCUGCGCGCGUGUAGACGAGCUGCGGGCCCAAGCAAGAUGGGCGCCGCCAUUACGAGAGUUACAACGCCAGACGUAGAAGAUCUCGAAAUUAUCUCUGGGAGCCCAGUGUGGCGGACGGAGGAAUCGGUGUCCGACGAGUAUUCAGUGGAGUCCAUUUCCAGAGAGUAUUCAGUGUGGACGACGCUCUCCGUGAAUAACAGAAGACACCGGCUCAGAAGACACCGGCUGUCCUUUGCGGAGCGAGAAGGCGGGCGCGAAGGCCUCCGCGCGUUAUUAGCGGGAGAAACACGAUUCGACGACAAAAUAUUGAAACGCAUAUUCAAGUACCUGACGCACCCGCACAUGCCGGCAAAGAAGACCGCGGAGCCCUGGUACGUCGCGAUGUAUCGAAAGGUCCGGAGGCUCCGGAGCCUCUGGGGCCACGAGCGCGCGUCCUUGAUUGAUCCGGAUCAUGAAGCUUUACGAGAGAAAGGCAACGAGUACCCGAAUCUGCCGCCGGCCGUCAAUUCAAAGAUAAAAGUGAACACGUAUCUGGGGAACGACAAGACGCGACCGUCUGAGUGGUUCGACGCUGUUGUGCUUCGGUGUACUCGACGAGGGGCCCUAGACAGCGAGCUCGAAGUCCGCUUAGUGUUUCAUGAUUCUUUGGACCGCCUCCGGUGGCCUGACGAGAAAGCAGACAUCAAAGUCGUCAAGGCCGCUGCCUGGGACCCUGAAGAGUUGAAGAAGUGGCACGAAGUAUCCAUGAACUCCGAUUAUCAACGCAUCGCCGUCGCGUGCGGCAAAGCUUUCGAAGAUGUGUUCUACGAGCCUCUUUUGUGGGAGGCUUUUGAUGCUUAUACGGGCAGACAAAAAGAACGCCUGGUAGAACAACUUGGAGAAGAGGAUGCCAUGAGGCAGCUCGUUGCCAACGGGCAGAUCUUUCGCCGUAGAUAUGCGAACCUGUCCGUCAUCCACAGACCAAAUGAAGAAGGUGGAAAACUCAUACACGCAAUCCGGAAACUGGCGAACGUGAAACUAAGUCAGUGGCCGCUGCCAGUCCACGAAGAUUCUGAAAGUAGAAGCCUGAUCCAGCCCGUCGACGACAGUGCCUUAUUUAUUGUUCAAAAAAGAGGGCCACGCCAUCGACGCGACGUUGUCCGUAACCUGAGUCACUGGUUGAUGUCCACACAGUUCGAUCCAUUUGCGUGGCGGCCCGAUGGCGUGCGCAUGCCGGGAUGGCCGCUGCGCACAUAUGUCGACAUGUGCACGAUACCGUUCUUGGGGCGGGACGUGCUGCCCCUGACCGAGUGGAACACGGCCUUUGGCUCGGCGCCCGAUGAAACGCAGCUUGCCCAUAAUGGUCCCCGCAUCUCGCACAGCUUCGCCAUGCAUUGUGAGAUCUGGGAUCGGCUGCUCGACGAUCCUUCUAUAGAUGAGCGCGUUCGCAAGUGCUUUAGGGCGCUCCCCGAAGGGCCGGCCAAGGAACUCGUCCGCAUUGCGCUCACGCUACGUUCCGGGACCGCCGAGAGCGUCGGCUGGUGCACGUGCAUCACCGGUUUUAAGUUUGCGCAAUUCCUCGCGAUAGAACAUUAUGGCGUCGAUGUUAUGGAUCUGCGUGACGCGCUCUUCUGGCUCGAUCGUAUGUUUGGCAGCACCGAGGUCACGUGCGGCGAGCAGGGCUUUGUGAGCACGGCGCUGGAGUGGUACUCGUUCGAGUCGCGGGUGGUGUCGAUUAAAAAUCUCUACUUUGACAAAGAAUGCGAGCAGCACCUGGUUGCGGAUUCGCCGCGCAAGGUCGCGAGUGGCGUCAAGAUUUACGAGAAGCGCGGCGACAGCGUGUGCUGCUACGAGUGCACUGGAGAUCUGCGCCACCACAGCGCAUGUGAGUCGAUCUGGGAAUACAUGGUCGUCCUGCCGGUGCCGUCCUGGGCCAUUGAGCCUAACGUCGGCCUCGCUUCGGCGCUGGGCCCGCCCGAGAAUAAUUUCACCGAGCGCCUCAAGCGCUUCGGUCUAGAUCGCUCCAUCUCUGUAUGGCCUGGAGAUACGUGUAGAAAUGCCUUCGAGAAACUCCGCAAGCGCAUGGGCGACAGAGCUUACGAGAAGUCCGAAUCCUUCUUCGUCGUGGCUCGACACAUCAUCAGCGGCCAGGCCGGCCGGCGCGGUGUUGUCAUUUUCAAUAGAGAAAAAGUCGUGUUCGCAUCACUGAGUGGGCCCCGUGACCUGUACGCAUUUGAGUAUAAGCUGCACCUCAUCUCCAAAGAGUGCUUGAACCGCGUCCGGUUGGCGGCCGACGGAACGCCGCACUGGCGCUACAACCGCGCCGUUACUGGCUACCAGCAUGUCGUGUAUCCGUUUGCCGACUGGGGAACAUCCCGUGGCGUGGCUGCUUUGAAUUGGCUAGCCCCUUGCUUCGCCACGCCGCACCUGCGCAUGUUGCGCGUCGCGCUCGACGCGACCAACGCUACUGUUCCGCCCGCGUUCCCAGAAGCCGGCAAUUAUCUCACGGCGGAGCGGUUCAUGAACCAGGCCUUUGAUUACUGCACCUUCGAAGAAGCAUACAGAAAAAUGAACUCCCAACGUAAAAAAAAAAAAGGGGGGGGGGGCGACUGGAAUAUACCUCAUGGUUUGGCGCGCCCGCUCCACCUGGGAGCCCCGACGCCGCGGGAACUGGCCGAAGGCGCCGUGAUCGAACUGGCGGAAGACGCCGCCCUCGCUGACCUGACAGAGACGGAGCUGCGUCGGGUCAUGGCGCGGCGCGGGGUCGGCCCGCCCGACGACGAGGGCGACGACGACGCGAAGAUAGCGGACGCCUCGCGGGAGGCAGUGCAAAAGCUCGCGGCGCAGUGGCAGAAAAUGGUCGCGCGCACGCACACGCACCCGGGCGCUGUGGCGUGCUACUCGACGAAGGCGCUCCCCAAAGAACUCGCGCACGAUUUCCUAGACAGGGCCAUUGAAAAACUGCGUACUGAUAGUAGUGCAACUGCUCAAAAUCGUCGGAAUAACGCCUGGCGAUCCCUGGCCAACGUAAUCGGUUUCGCGGUAAACAACAAAACGGAUCCGCGGCCGGGGUGGAAGCAGGAUCGCGAGGCCGUCUCUGCCGCGCUCAAGGACGUCACGGCGGCGGACUUCCUUGCUACCGAACCCAUGGCCGAGGAGCUGGAGUCCUAAUUUGUCUCGCGGUGCGCACGUCGCGUCGUCGGAGCUUCGACACACUACUUAAACUAAGCUCAUUUAUUUAUAUCAUGACUACUAGAGAUGCGCGCAUGUCCAGCGGCAUCCCACGUCCUUAGUCUCUCCGAAAAAAAGCAUAAGUACAAAACAAACAC